AUGCACGCUUUAGACGCUACUGGUCCAAACACCGCUUUUACCUGCGCGUGUCCGCGGGAGUGCUCCAGACCCUUGGAUCUGUUGUUGUUGUUGUUUACUUCUCGCUGUUUUCUUGUUGUUCUCUCGUUGUUCUCUCGCCUCGCGCCUUCCGGACGUGACGCGUGUAACCCGGAAGCAGAUUCGUCUCGUUUCCGGUACGUGUUUGGGUCGUGUGUUGUCGGCUCCAGAGGCAGUAUGUCUGACGAAGAGGAUGGUCCGCUGGUGAAGAAGGCUCGGGUCUUCUACGGGAGCCUGGAAGAGAAGGAGCGUGAAAGGCUGAGCGCAGAGUCUAAACCCAGUCCAGAGACCGGAGUCCAGACCGGGGUCCAGACCGGAAUCCAGGCUGGAAUCCAGGCCGGGAACAUCAACAUCUCCUCAGGGGAGACUCUGGAGAUCGAGGAGCGGGUCUCGGAGCGGCAGCAUGAAGUCCUGCUGGAGUUCGAGCGCAGGAGGAGAGCACGACAGAUCACAGUCUCCACUGACGACACAGAAGUGAAGGCGGGGCUUAGAGCUCUGGGAGAGCCAAUCACAGUGUUCGGAGAGGGCCCAGCUGACCGCAGGGAGAGACUGAGGAGUAUCCUGUCGGUCGUUGGACCUGAUGCACUGAAGAAAUCCAGAAAAGACGAAGAUCGAGUGCGACGUACUCACGAUGAGUGCAGUCAGACGUGGUACCACGAAGGCCCCGCCUUCUUAGAACAAGCUCGUCUGUGGUUGGCUCAUUACUCAUUGCCACGGGCGAUGAAGCGUCUGGAAAACGCUCGGCUUCAGAAAGACGUCACUGAUGCAACAAAAGCCAUGAAGCAACAAGAACUACACAAGGGUCUGAGGAACCUGAAUAACUUCUGCAGUCAGAUCGGAGAUGAUCGACCAAUCAGCUUCUGUCACUUCAGCCCUGACUCGAAGGUCCUGGCCACCGCCUCCUGGUCUGGUUUGUGCAAACUGUGGUCUGUGCCCGACUGCAACCUGAUCCGGACUCUGAGAGGACACAACACAAACGUGGGAGCAAUCGUUUUCAGACCAAAGGUCGUAGACUCGUCUGACGUCAGUUUGGCCUCGUGCGCCGCUGACGGGAGCGUGAAGCUGUGGAACAUGGAGAGUGAUGAACCUGUGGCUGACAUUGAAGGACACACAGAGAGAGUUCCACGAGUCGCAUGGCACCCAUCAGGACGCUUCCUGGGAACCACAUGUUAUGAUAACUCGUGGCGGUUGUGGGACCUCCAGGUUCAGGAGGAGAUCCUGCACCAGGAGGGUCACAGCAAAGAGGUCCACGACAUCCACUUCCACCCAGACGGCUCCCUCACCGCAACAGGUGGUCUGGACUCGUUUGGUCGGGUCUGGGACCUUCGCACCGGUCGCUGUGUCAUGUUUCUUGAAGGUCACCUCAGAGAAAUCUACAGCGUCAAUUUCUCCCCCAACGGGCACCACUUGGCCACAGGAAGUGCAGACAACACGUGUAAAGUGUGGGAGCUGAGGAACCGUCGCUGUCUGUACACGAUCCCUGCUCAUCAGAACCUUCUGUCUGCUGUGAGGUUCCAACCCACAGACGGGCAGUUCCUGUUGACCGGAGCGUACGACAAUACGGCAAAAGUGUGGACCCACCCUGGAUGGAUGCCACUGAAGACACUGGCAGGGCACGAGGGAAAGGUGAUGGGGUUGGAUGUGUCGGCAGACGGGAAACUCAUCGCGACCUGUUCCUACGACAGAACCUUCAAACUGUGGAUGUCCGAGUGA